AUGGACGACGCCGCUCCUGGCCAAGAUGGAGAUACAUCGGACUCGUCGUCCAAGAAUACGCCCGCUGUUGUCGAGAUCUCACCUCGAGGCGAGGUGGUCCUGGACGUGAGCUUUGAGACGUCCAAAGAGACCAUCCGCACGGCGAAAAAGGCCCACCAGGCUGCCGCGAGGAAGCCAGGGGCGCUGCGGAUUCCCGAGCCAAACUUCAGUCCCUUGUUCAAGGUGGCCUUCCGAGUGGAGCUUGCCGUCUUGCAGAGACACUCCAAGUACUUUGAGAACCUGCUGGGCAACACCCAGUUUGCCGAAGCGAGGCUUGUCCAGGAGUCGCUGGCCAACCUCACCAUGGAACAACGUGCAUCAGAGGACACUGACCUGACAACUCUGCCGUGGAUCACCAUUACCGACGACGAUGAGGCCACACGCUCCAUCGGCCGUGACAAGGUCUUCGGAGACAUGCUGAGGAUACUCCACGGACAGCCCGUGCAGACGCCGGCAACAUCGAUCAACAUGCUCUUUGUCACGACAUUGGCCAUUCUUGCAGAUCGCUUCGAUUGCCGGACCGUCAUCGCGCGGUCUCUGAGCUCGAGUCUGAAGCUCAAGUGGCCCAAGACGAGCAACAGAGCGUUGAGAGCCGACAGUGGCAAGAGUGCUCUGGGAACAGAGCAGGUGUUGCGCCAGAAGAUCCUCGUCUCCUGGCUCCUCGACCAGCCGAUGAAGCUGCACGACGCCACACGCGAGAUCAUCCUACGCGGGUCCUCUCACUGGAGUGCCCUCGUAUCCUACGAUGAGCUACCCAGCACAGAAGCCUGGUGGAACCUGCCAGAUGAUCUUGAACGCGAACUCCAGCACCGUCGCGAGGCAAUCCUCAACACCAUCGCCUCCGUCCAGCGGCACUUCCUCGCCCUCUACUCUUCCCGCGAUCGCCAGUGCAAGCUCGGCUACGACUCGUCCUCGGCAUGCGACUCGUUCCAGCUCGGCCAGAUGCUCAAGUUCCUCACGAGCAAAGACCUCCUGCGCCCCGUCGACUUUGGCCCCAGCUCGCUCGAGGCCCUCCCCGACGCCGCAACCCUCGACGUCGACGACCUGCUCGGCACCCUGAAACAGAGCCCCAGCUACCAGGUCGACAAGAACCACACCAACUGCGGCCUGCGCACGCGCCUCGACCCCAUUGUCGACUUUAUCCGCGCCAUGCUGUCGACCGAAGUCGUCGGCAUCCGCGGCGCCGAGUGGCGGAGAGACCGCGCCGCGAGUUCGUGGGCGCGGGCGGCGGAGGAGCGCGCGGCCGCGCCGCACGGGGCCGAGGACAGGAAGUUUGCGUUCACGCGGGGCAUGGCGGGCGAUCAGCGGCUGCGGUAUGAGGGAAACAUGUACGCGGAUAAGAUGGCGCGGAGCCUCUUCACGGCCGACGCAUGGGAUUGGAGCCCGGAGUAUUAA